AUGGGCUUUUUAAAGUGGUGCACCAGUCCCAUCCUGGGCACAUGGCUGUCAGUUGGCAUCCUGCAGAGGCCUUACUUUUCGCAAGCCUCGAUGUUGGCUGCACGUGGCAGCCCAAAGCAAUGGAAGCGAAAGCCGUUUGCUUUGCUCUGGAUAUGGAAUUCCAUGAUUGUGUUUUGGUCGGGAAAUGCUGUUCAAGGAGUCGAGCUUAGCCACAUCUUCUGCCAGGCUUCGAUGGAAAAAUCCGAGGAGGACAUGCAGGAAUUUAUUGAUCAGCAGCUGAAGCAGCUGGAGGAGCUGAAGCAAGAAAAGCUGAACUUGGAUACGGCAAGGGAGGAGUUUGACAGGUCUCGCAAGCACCUCGAUGAUGCCGAUGCAGCCUGGACGGCCACUUGCUUUGCCCUGGCAACAGAAUUCCUGGGCUUCACCAGACAGAUCAUGGACAGCCUCGAGCGUCUUGUGGCCAACGAUUUGCCACCUGAAGAGGCUGCAGAGCUGAAGCUCUUUCGCAUGGUAAACGUGUGCGUUCGAAAGCGAGCAGAAGGAGGUGAGACAUCUUCACUUGCGCUCGAUCUGUUGAAGCAAGUCAUGGCAGCCAUGAAGACAGGCCCGGACCUCACAUGCCAGCAGAAGGCACCACUGUCACAGAGUGAGGCAAGAGGCCGCCGAAGAUGCCAACAGACUGCCUCUCAGACAGGGUCGGCAGCGGGCAUGGCGGCUGUGCCGGUCUGUGUUUCAGGAAUGGGCGGACGACGCAGAUAG